AUGACAGUGGCCCAGACAGAAGAAAGUCAAGGACAGCACUUGGAGGAGUCAACUGUACAAGAAAUUCCGCCUGAUGCUGAUUUCAUUGAACGUUUUCUGAUUCUUAAUCGGAAAUAUAUUGCCUUCAUCUUCCCAAUCAUCGUCAUGCAGACUUUGUGGUGGGUGACAGCAGUUCGAUAUGACUGGUUGUCCUUGUACGAGACGCGUUGGCAAAUGCCGUUGAUUAUGAUCCUAGGAGCUCUUGUUGCAGGGAUGACCUCAGAAGGAGGAGGUGCAGUAGCGUUUCCAUUCAUGACACUUGGACUUCACAUUGACCCAAUUACAGCCAGAGAUUUUUCGCUGCUCAUGCAGUCAGUAGGUAUGAUGUGCGCCAUGUUCGCCAUUAUCUUCAUGAAAGUACAAAUCGAACAACGUGCCGUACUAUUUGGGACAAUUGGCUCCAUUCCAGGUCUCAUAAUUGGCUUCAAAUAUUUUGAUCCAUUAUUCGAUGCCGCUCAAAAGAAGAUGCUUUUCGUCUCGAUUUGGGCUUCAUUUGCAAUAGCUUUAUUUAUCCUAAAUUCACAAAAGAAACGGAAAACCUACAAAAAGAUUCCGGAUUUCGUGCCAUGGAAAGCUUUUGUUCUGAUAGCCACGGGUUUUGUUGGAGGGAUUUUCACAGCUUUCGCCGGAUCUGGUGUUGAUAUAUGUGUCUUCUCUAUAACAACAUUGCUGUUCAGAAUAACUGAGAAAACGGCCACUCCGACAACAGUGGUGUUGAUGGGAAUCAACUCAAUGGUAGGGGGCUACUAUCGACUGGUUUUGGAAGGUGACGUACCGAGCCUGGCUCUAGACUACCUCAAAGUUUCCAUACCGGUUGGCGUGACGCUAGCUCCAUUUGGUAGCUUUCUCGGAUCUCACUUUCAUCGACAGGUAAUGGCAUGUUUCAUAUACGUCCUCGAAGCCCUCUCCGUCAUUGGUUUCCUGAUUACACGACCAGAAUUGACCUUGAGUAAGUGA